AUGGAGUCCAAUGUACACCAAACUAGAUUAGUAAAGUUGAGCUCAACGGUUCCUAGAUCUAGUCACUUUGAUGUGCUUUGAUGGGAAGGUAACUUCGCAUAGUCACCAUUUUCAAGUUUUAAGUAAAUAGCAGCCAUCGGUUGACGUUGUGUUAACGCAGUUACUUUGCUGUUGCCAUUUGUAUAUAAAAAUUGGUACGCAGCCACGGUUGCGUUCUUAUAUGCCAAAGUGUUCGUAGUCAGGUGAGUGGGAAUCUGGCACAAAAGAAACAUUAGUAAACACCGUGGAGUUAUUCCAAAAGAAUUAAUCAUGAGCGACGAACAAUCAAACGAUUCUCCCCAGACGAUCGAGUUGUCCUCAAAUGAUAUUGAAAAAUUGGAAGAAGCCAAAUUGAAAGCUAAGUUUCCCAAUGCUGGACGUGGUCCAAUCAGUGGGCAUUCUGUAUUUCUUCAAAAGAGGCUAGCUAAAGGGAAGUAUUUCGAUUCUGGAGAUUAUCAAAUGGCAAAACAGAAAUCAACAGCGAAACCGAAGCCGGCUGGUGUUUUGCCAACAGGUGAUGCUAUUCCAACACCUGAAACAGUACCUCAAAGGAAGACAUCCAUCAUUCAACAAAAGUUUAAUACGUCGAGUACCUCAUAAGAUUGAUCCUCAUUUUUUUUUUUUAAAGCAAUGAGUUUAAUAUAAUGUUCAUAUUAUAAAAAUAAUAGUUUAAAACAGUAAUGCCUGGAUGCUGGUGCAUAAUUAUAAUGAAGUCAUUAACUUUGAUCGGCAAAAACUAGUUCAGCCCAUGGCAUCUUGUCAUAUUAACAUUCUGCAGUAAUUAUUGUCAUUAGACUUAGGGGUAUGACUUAUGUACGAGUAUUUAAUAUCUACUUUUAGAAAACUAUUGAAAUUGCAUACUGCAGCAUAGUUAGUGCAAACAUGGUCACAAAUGAUCAAAAAAUACCUUAAGACUUGAAACGAAUUUUAGAAUUUAACAAAGGGGUAUCUUUGCUUAGUCCCUGAGGAAGUAGUAUCGCUUCAAACUACAAGUAAUAAUGCUGCAGUCUGAUAAUAUUCUAAUAAUUAUUUUCACGUUCUUUUGCUUUGCAUUCAGCCCAUUAGAUAGUAAAUAAAGGCAAUUGUAUACAUUGUUAAAGAUGGUUAAGAAGAAAUCAUCCCAUAUUUUUUUAUCUUUACAGCGUACGUUUGUUUAAGCUUUAACAUAACAGGUCUAAAAAAGUACUCAAUAAUGAUGCCGGUCAAAAAUAGAAUUUAACAUUUACGAAUCACUGACAAGCAGAUGAUUGACUGAUGUUUUAAAAUUGCCUCCUUUGGAAGCAUUUUGUGAAAAAAUGAAUGAGCAUAUAUAUCUGCAUUUUAGAAGUGCUGUGAUGUGCUUAGUAAUAUUUCCUGAUGAAUGUCCAGUUUAUUAUAAAAAUCUGUAAAUUUUCAAGUAUACCUACAGCCUUGGUUUUGUAAAGUAUAAAGUAUUAGUAAUAUAUAUUCCAUUAAAACGCA